AUGCCGCACGAGCAUCGAGAAGGGGCUUCAGCCAAUCGCCGCGAGCUGGAAGAGGGAUGGCGUCACCGUCUCCUCCGACUUGAUGACCGAUCGGUGCGGGAGGCCACAAGCGAACGUCAUGCUGGUCAACGAUUCGGGAGCUGUGUUCGUCGAGGCUAUCGACUGCAACAUGGAUUCCAAACCCGCGGCUAUAUCGCGUCCCUCCUCCGCCCCAUCAUCGAGAAAGUGGGGCCCGAAAACGUAGUCGCUCUUUGCAUGGACAGAGGCUCCAACUACGGGGCCGCCUGCAAGGAGCUGAUGGCGGAUUGGCCCCACAUCGAGUACGUGCCGUGCGCUACGCACGUGCUCGACCUCCUCAUGGAGGACGUGGGCAAGAUCACGUGGUGCAAAGAUAUUGUGGAUCUGUGCGGAGACAUGAUCACCUACGUCCGCAACCACCAUUUCACCUGCAACUACCUGAGGAGUGAGAAGGUGAAGGGAGGAAAGGGGAAGCAGCUUGUGAAGCCGGCGGGGACCAGGUUCGGCACCAACUACAUCGCCCUCUCCAGGCUCGUCGAGCUGCGGUCCACAUUGUCGCAGAUGGUGCUGAGCGAGGAGUUCGCCAACUGGUCGGCGGGGGCUAGGAAGCAGACGGCGGAUAUGUUCCGCGGCCAAGUCAUGGACGAUGCAUGGUGGAAGAACGCUACCUACCUGGCGGAGCUCUUGGCGAUUCCAUUCAAGGUGAUGCGGGCCACGGACAGCAGCGCCAAAGGGAUGAUGGGGACUAUUUACGACCUAAUGCUCCAGCUGACCGAGGACGUGAACGACAAGCUGGAAGCGGGGGAGAAGAUUCUGCCGCGGACGGUUGCGACAGACAUUGGGAAGAUUGUUAGGCGCCGUUGGGACGAGAGCCUUGCAUGCGCUCUUCACGUCGUGGGGCGGAUCCUCAACCCGGCAAAUAAGGAAGAGGGUAUUUUCCGCAACGACAUGGAAUGUACCCGCAUCUUCAAGGCCUUCAUCGCACGUCACUACGACGGUAAGACGUUCACCAACAAGGACGGUGAGGAGAGGCGUGCCUCUCUUGUUUUGCAGGAGGGGCUCACGGCCUUCCUCACCCUUGAAGGUUCCUUCGGCCUUCCUGAGGCAAUUGCCGACAGGGAGGCCGUGAAGGCAGGCAAGCAGUCUAUGGUGGCGUGCUGGGGAUGGCACGGGACUGACCACCCCCACCUGGCCAGCCUUGCGUGCCGUGCCCUGACACAGCCGGUGUCGGCGUCGCCGUGUGAGCGCGGGUGGGCAUCGUUCGAAUCGGUGCACACUGCCCGCCGCAACAGGCUAGGCUCGGAGAAGCUCCGAGACCUAGUUUUUGUGACCCACAACUGGCGUGUGGUCCACAAGUACCACAAGAUGGGUGAGUCACUGGCGGUGCUUCCGGGCAACAUGCCUGAACCUGCUCUGCCGGAGGGAUACAACAAGGAGGAGGAAGGGGAGGAGGAGGAGGAGGGGGAGGGGGAUGAAGCCGUGCUGGCCGAUGAGUACGUGGAGUAA